UUUGACCGUUAUUGUCAGUUGGAUAUUAAUUAAAAAUUUUUAUUCGGAAUUGAAGCAGCUAAGAAUAAUGAGCCACUGGUUAACUUUAAUCGAAAUCGUACAAAAGAUUUGCGGUGAAAACCCAGAAAUAGAGGAAAUAUUAAAUGAAACAGAACGUUUGCACAAGGAAAAGCAAUUACUUCAAAAUGAGUUGAAAGAAAGCGAACGUGAAAAUACUCGUCUUCAAAUUGAACUUUUCAAUGUCAAAGCUAUGAUCGAACCACCUAAUCACAACCCCAAUGAAGCUCCAUGCGAGCAAACUUAUUCUCAACUAACAACCAAUUGCGUCGCUCUGCGUUUUAACAUAAUGCAAAUAGAUUUUAUGAAGAUCUUGCAAUGCAAUCAUAUGCAAAUGGAACAAAACUUUCGACACGAAAUGCAGCAAAUACACGAUAUGACAAUGUCUUUAUCGCCAUUAUAUGAACAAAUGGAACAACGGGAUGUUGUUCAGAGAUAUCGUACAGCCCAAUUAGCAUACAAAGAGUCUAAAGAGGAGUUGGAAAAAGUUCAAAGCUCAUUAGAGAAAUGUACACGAGAAGGUUUAAAACGUUUGAAUAACGCCAAAGAAAAGAGUAAUAAAUUAAUAGUUUCUUUAGUUCAAAGCUGCAAAAACUUGAACGAUUUAAAACAGAAGUUUCAACAAUUAAAGAAAUAUGAAGAAAAACUAAAAAAUCUCCAGCAGAAAAAAUUGGAAUUGAUGAGCAAAUUAGAAAAUGCCAAAAUUAAUAAUUUUGGUGUGCUUAUGCCAUGUAAAAGCACCACCAGAAAUAGCACAUCGUCAUUACCAUCCCCCUAUUUACAAACAUUCAAAAAUGAUAAUCCAAAACUUCCAACCUUUGCUGAGAUUAUGAAUUCUAUAAAUACCGAUCUAACUAAAUUUGAAAUGGAGUCAGAAAUUACUGUCAUCGAAAACACCACCAACAUAAUGGUUAAAUCUAUUUUACGCAAUAGCCAAGAUAGUUUAAUGGAAAUCAACCAGUCCUUUACAACAAAGCAUACCAAACAUGUACAAUUUAAAAAGCCAUUGGAGGAAAAAUUUGAAUAUAACGGUGCUACGGACACAACAGUAUCCGAUUCAAGUUCAGAUGAAACUCACAUUGAUGUAGUGAUGCCUCAACUUAAUCAAUUAUUUAAGGAGUUAGGGGAGAUUGAGCUAGAAACCGAUAUUUAUCAGAUAUCAUCUGACGAUGAAUCAGCUAAAGACGAAGGUGCAACAAAUGUAACUGUUACCAAACAGAAAAAAAAUAUAGUGGAGAAUAUGGCGUCAAAAUCCCCUAUACAACCAACUCAUUCUCAAGGAGAUGAUAAAAGUGAAGAAAUGUCCCCUUCUAAUGAUAAUAACAAGACAAAAGAAGUGGCCCCUGUUCUAAAAGAUACCGAAAAUUUAUCUUCGAACAAACCAAAAUUAGAUAUUCUGGAGUGUGUUGUCCUAAAGCCUUCUUCGCAGUUUGCUUAUAAUGAAGCAGCUGAUGCAAGUAAAGAAAAUGUACUCAAGGAGUUAGAUUAUAAAAUAGACGAAGAUAAAACUAAACAUUCCUCAGAUGAAGAAAUAAUGUCACCCCCUACUAUACAGGAUGGCGAAAGUUUUGCUCAAUCCUUUUACCAGGAACUUUUAUCACCAAGUCAAAUUGAAUUAUCUGAACCCGAAUCUGAUACUUCAUCUACUUCAAAAGACGUAUUCAAAGAUUUUAGUUCAUACCUUAAUGCGGUUAAAAUUGAGACUACAAAUACUGAGAAUAAUGUAUCGCGUAAUAAAAAUCGACCAAAUAGCAGUUUAAAUUUUGCAUCGAAUGGUGAUGAUAAGAACCCGUCAUCAAAUAACGAUUUUCUAGAUUUUAUGAAUUUCGAUACAACAACUAGUUUUAAUUUAACUUCUAAUGAUGAGGACGAAAAAGGUGGAGGUGCUAUGGAUUUUUUAUUUUCGUAGUUCAUAUUCCUUUUUAUCACUUGGAUUUUUAAACAUUUUAUUAACUUAUUUUAUAAUGCUCUUAUAGCACGUUCACACUGAAAUUUUAUGAUAUGGAUUUAACUAAAUAUAAAAAAAUCCUGUCCGCUAACACUGCGUUUUUGGGGAUUUAAGUGACAUACACGUGCGUACAUGCGUAUACAUGAAUGUGCGUAUCACACACAUCCAUACACACAAAAUAGUUGCAUAUUUUGGUACUUUUAUCGAUUAUUCAGCCAUAAAAUCGGGCUUAUUUGCGAUUUAAAAAUAAAUACUGCAUAAAUGGGA